UCGAACGCGAGUGGAACGCCACGGAAAUAGUACACAGACUGCGUCGAUGAUCGUUUGUCGUGCUAUUACGCAAGCGGUCGUUCUCGGUCUGGGCUUGGUUCAGGUGUAUGUGGGGAUUCCUCAUGGCGCCGUUCGUCUGGCGCAUUAUUCGCCCCUCACACGCGCCAGUCGGCCAUGUUCGUGAACUAGCCGAUGACAGACACGAGAUCUGGCACACUCGAGAAACCUCCUAUGGCAUCCGGAGAAUUUGUCGAGCGCACAAGAGCAUUGAGACCUGAAGGUAUUGAUAGGCUCCUUCCUAUAAAAGAGGAGAACGCGCGCUUAAGUCGUUCAAUCGUAGAAGAUACAAUAUAGGUUCCUUCAAGAAAAUAAAUAUGUCGAAUAUAAAAAUCAUUGCGAUAUUAAUCGCAAUUUUUUGUUUGACAAAUCAUUUAGUUUUAAGCGAUUAUUGUUACACUGAUGAUACAGAUCCCUUUAUGCACUUCGGUCCAUACACACGUAAUCAUAUUGUUCGUGGUGCAAUAACUAAUCCUCAUUUGCCAAAUUGUAAACUUCGCCAGAUUUGGAUGUUAGCUAGACAUUCAAUUAGUAGUGAUAACAAUUAUUGGUCGCCUCAUGUACAUGAACUCUUGCAAAAAUAUCAUAACAAUAUCUCCGAGAGCUAUGACCUAGGCGGAGUUCAUUUAUGUGCAAAGGACAUUGAAAAGCUGAGAGAGUGGAAAAAAUAUGAAUUUCUAGAUGAUGAUAAUCUUAAGCUAUUGAUAAAGCAAGAUAAACAAGAUAUGUUUUCUCUUGGUAUACGAUUUAAAAAUUAUUUCCCGAAUUUUUUUGAAUAUGACUCAGUUAAAUCUUUAAAACAUGAAUAUCUUUUUAGAGGAAUUGAACAAUUGGGAACAAAAGAUAGCAUAAAUAGUUUCAUAAAUGGUCUGUUUGGUAAUGUAACUUUUGAUAUAAAAAUAAAGAAGAAAGAUAAUUUAUUGCAAUUUCAUAAUAUUUAUCAGCCAUUUUUGAAACAUAAGAGUGCAUCACAAAUGAAAGAAUUUCAUAAAUAUAUACAAUCUGCAGAAUGGAAUGAAAUGCUUCAGAGUAUUAGUGAUCGACUCGGUUAUUCGUCACCACUUCCUUUUAGUACUAUCAAAUCUUUUUAUCGUACUUGCACUUUUGAGACUAUUUAUUACGGGUCAUCUCCCUGGUGCGCCAUUUUUAGAAAGGAGGAUCUGGAAAAGAUUCAAUUCAGCGAAGAUUUGAUGUCUUAUUAUCAUUCAGGUUAUGGUCAAAACAUGAGACAAAUUGUUGGAUGUCCAAUGGUAAAGGACGUGUACAAUCAUUUUCGAAAUUUCGAGGAUGGAUAUGGUGUAGACGAACCGAAAGGUAUUUUUUACUUUGCUGAUAUUACCGCGAUUCAACUUUUGUUAUCAACAAUUGGAGCUGCAAAAGAUCCAGAACCUUUGUUAGCUAAAAAUUUCAUCCAAGCAAGAAACAGGAAAUGGUAUCAAGCUCACUUAACGCCGCUCUCCGCGAAUUUAGUGAUUAUGUUAUUUAAGUACGUCCAUGAUUAUUUUAGAUUUUUUUUAAUUAUUCAGAUUAAUUUAUUCUCUUCUUAUUAUUCUGCUAAUAUUAUUUUCAGAUGUAGUAAAGAUUAUAAGGUGAACUUGUACUUAAAUGAAAAACCGUUAGAUAUCGAUUGUUGCGAACACGGCAUAUGCGAUUGGAAUUUUCUGAGGAACAAACUAGAAGAAACUGUGUUCAACUGUAAAGCGGACAUAUGUCAUGAUUAAUGUACAUGUUAAAUCGUGUUUUAAAGAUAUAGUAUUUAAUAAUCUAGCAAAAGAUAAGAAUAAAGAUAAGAUAAUAGGAGGAUGAUAGUAUACUUUUGUUAAAAAUUGCGUAGAAGAAAUGACAAUAUAAACAACUUGAACGUGUAUGUUGAAAUCAAUAAAGCUGAUAUGAUGAAGAAUACGGUCAUAUCCUAUGAUGCCUUCAAAUUCAGUUACAAUUACUUGAUAUUGUCAUUUAAUUUUCAAAUUUGCAUAUAAACCUUUAUUGUCAAUUAAAUUGACAAAUUAUAUACAUAUUGUUUAAUUAUAUUUUAUAUUUAAUUAUAUAUUAUAUACAUAUAUUGUUUAUUUAUUCAAUAUGUCAUUUAAUUUUUUAAAUAUAAUGUACAUGUCAUAUUAAAUUUAAAUUAAAAUAUUAGGAUUAAUGUAUUAGUAAGUACCAAUAUGCAUUUUACACAUA